UUCAAAUUAUUAUAAUAUAAUUAUUAAACACACUUCAAGACCGACUCACCCAUAAGCAUUUAGUACAAGACACACACUCACUCUCUAAUCCAGUUGCAAGAAUUUGAUUUCUCAAAGACAAUUUCAUGCUCUGAGAUGGUUUGAUUUUGUUUAUGAAACUGCUCAUUCUAUAAUUAACAGAUCCACCAGCAAGGCUCUUGUCAAUUCCAUACUAGCUGCAUUUUAAGAAUAGGAAGAUUAUGAUGAGUCAAUCUCUUAUAAUAUGGGUUUUAGUCUGCUUAUGGGCGAUGGCGCCAUGGUUAGUUGCCGGUAAUGUGGUAACAUGUUCAAACAUUGUACCGAUGAGGCAUCGAAAUGAUGUUAUCUCAAUAAAUGAUUUUGGAGGUGUUGGUGAUGGUCACAAAUUGAACACUCAAGCAUUCCGAGAAGCGAUUUAUCGGAUUAAGCAUUUGAGAAGAAGAGGAGGAACACUUCUGUACAUACCGCCUGGAGUUUAUCUUACUGAGAGCUUCGAUUUGACUAGUCACAUGACUUUGUAUUUAGCCAGAGGUGCUGUUAUUAGAGCUACCCAGAAUGCAAGAACUUGGCCCUUGAUUGCUCCCUUAGCAUCUUAUGGAAGAGGACGAGAACUACCUGGUUGGAGGUAUAAGAGUUUGAUUCAUGGUGAUGGACUUCGUGAUGUGAUAAUCACAGGUGAGAAUGGUACAAUCGAUGGCCAAGGUGAUAUGUGGUGGAACAUGUGGAGGCAGAGAACUCUCGAGCACACAAGGCCUAAUCUCAUUGAGCUGAUGAAUUCCAAAAACAUCAUCAUAUCCAAUGUGAAGUUCGUGAACUCUCCGUUUUGGAAUAUUCACCCAGUUUAUUGCAGCAAUGUUGUAAUCCGGUAUGUCACCAUAUUGGCUCCCAAUGAUUCUCCCAAUACAGAUGGUAUUGAUCCAGAUUCCAGCUCCAAUGUUUGCAUAGAAGAUUCCUACAUUUCAACUGGGGAUGAUCUUGUUGCUGUGAAGAGUGGGUGGGAUGAGUAUGGAAAUGCUUAUGGCCGUAAAAGCUCUGACAUCACUAUUAGAAGGAUAAGCGGUUCAUCGCCUUUUGCAGGAAUUGCAAUUGGAAGUGAAGUUUCUGGUGGAGUAGAAAAUAUCUUGGCAGAGCACAUUGGUCUUUUCAACAUGGGAAUUGGAAUCCAUAUAAAAACUAACAUCGGUAGAGGAGGGUUCAUUAAGAAUGUUACUGUGUCUAAUGUGUACAUUGAGAAUGCAGCGAAAGGGAUAAGGUUAACAGGAGCAGCUGGUGACCAUCCAGAUGAUAACUUCAACCCAAGUGCUCUCACAUAUGUUAGUGGAAUCACGUUUAAGAAUAUAUGGGGAACGAAUAUUAAACAGCCAGGAUCAAUAGAAGGCCUUAAGGGUUCACCUUUUACUGGGAUUUGUCUAUCCAACAUUAAUCUGUAUGGUGUUCCAGGAAGUCAAAAAUCUUCUCCAUGGAAGUGUUCGGAAGUUAGUGGGGGUUCUCAGCGAGUGAAUCCCUCACCUUGUACAGAAUUAGCCAGCACUGCUGGGUAUGGUUCUUGUUCAACCUCUUUCUAAGAAAAGUUCUUUUGUUCUUGGGUUUAGUCGGACUGUGUCUUUGUUUGUAUUUCUCUGUACUAGUUGGCUCAUGAAAUAUUGGAACCAUGUUAUAAAUUAAUUUUAUUAAAAACAAAUUAUAUUCAAAUGCAA